CAUCUGAAAUUGAAAAUAAAAAAAUAAAAAUGGAAAAGGGUCCCAAGAGAUGUGGGGAGAGCAUACGAGUAAAACAACAAAAAUGCAAACUAUAAACCAUAAGAAAAAUUAGGGCUUCAUAUUCAGUGAGACAUUUGCUUGGGAGAAAAAAAAAUGGGGCGAAGGAAGGUAGAAAUAAAGAGAAUCCAAGAGAAAAGCUGUAGGCAAGUUGCUUUUUCUAAACGGAGAAAAGGUCUAUUGAAGAAAGCCAAAGCACUCUCAACUCUGUGCGAUGUUGAUGUUGCUGUUGUUAUCUUCUCCAAUAGUGGCAAGCUCUAUGAAUUCUCCAACACUAACAGUCUAACAGGGAUCCUUCAACAAUAUGAAAGCCACAUCGAAGCAGAAAAAGAGAUCUCUGCAGAAAUCCUGCUCGAAGAGCACUCUAAAUGCUCAAGGUUCAUGAAAAUGGGAGAACUGUUACAAACAACAGAAAGGCAACUGGAGGAAACUAAUGCUGAUGGUCUCGCAGUGACUGAUCUUGUCCAUUUGGAAAACGAACUUCAAACUGCUCUAAUACAAGCCAGAUCUAGAAAGACACAUUUGAUGCUUGAAUCUGUUAAGGGUCUUCAUGAGAAGGAUGAAUUAAGAUCAUUUAAAUUUUCCAUUAGACUGCACAUGACAAGCCCGUUUUUGCAGCAAAAACUGCUGCGAGAGGAAAACAAACUUUUGGAGGACAACAUACAGAUAGCUAGGAUCAAGAAAAACGGAACAGUGAAUGAGAUGUCACCACCCCACAAAAUUUGUGGACAACAGAGAGUGACCCUCAAUUUUCUCUGGUGAUUAUCGUUUGUAUCUGUCAAAUAGCCUUGCAAGAGGCACCAGGGAAUAACCUGCAAAGGUUAUGUGGUUCCUGUGUUUAGUAUCAUGUUUUACAUGAAAUUAGCAAAGUCAAGGUGUCUUGAAAAAAUAAUUAACAAUAUUGUGCAGUUUCAGUAAAAUUAAUUGUUCAUCGUGUAAUAUAAAAGGUGAAAAUGAGCUUUGAUCCUCAGGUUUGUGUUUUAUAUAUUCAGCGUUUUCAUUGCC